CACUGUGUACCGGAAGAGGGUAUCCCGCAGGUUCCUGUCUACGCAGCUCGUGACUGGAGCUUCUCACCAUGUUUGACCCGGACAUGUCCUACGUCCACCGCACAGAGGACGAGGCCUUCCCUCCCCUCCCCCCGCCUCACUCCCCGGGACAGGGGGGACACGAGGACAGAGACCCUUCUGGAAACGAAGAGGACGAUGAAGGCAACGUGUCCAAGCUGGAUGAGGUUCCUGCUGCCAAAAGGAAGGGAGUGAAGAGGCCGCAGCCCAAACUGGACUCUCAGAGGCUGAUCUCAGCGAGAGGACUUCCAGCUCUGAGGACCAUGUUUGACGACGUCCACUUCAAGGGCAAAGGACACGAGGCUGCAGAUCUGAGGCUGCUGAUGCAGAAGAUGGAGAACUGGGCUCACAGGCUGUUUCCCAAACUGCAGUUUGAAGACUUUAUCGACAAAGUGGAGAAACUGGGCAACAAGAAAGAAGUGCAGACCUGUCUCAAACGGAUUCGACUGGACAUGCCACUGACACACGAAGACUUCGGUAACGAGGGUGAAGAAGAGGCAGCAGCUCAACGGCCCCUCUUUGAAGAUCCUGAUCCAUUUAGUGGAGGGAGCUUCAGGAACGAGGUCCAGAGACCCGUCCACUCUACGCCCGCUCCAGCUGCUCCUCCGCCAGCCGCCCCCCCCUCCCUCACCGAGGAGCAGCAGCGGCGCAUGGAGCUGAACCGACAGCGAGCUCUGGAGAGGAGGCUCGCCCGCCACACCAAGCAGGAAGCAGACUCCACCCACUCUCAGGCCGUGGACACGUCAGCAGACGAACCAGCGUCUGUGUCUUCUGCAAAUGUCCUCAACAAGUCCAACGAGGACGAGGAGGGGACGGAGCGUUUGAACCUGGAGCCGGACGGCAGCAGCACACAACCACCCAGCCAGGCUCCACCCCCCGACCCACCCAGCCAGGCUCCACCCCCCGACCCACCCAGCCAGACUCCACCCACAGACCCACCCAGCCAGGCUCCACCCACCGACCCACCCAGCCAGACUCCACCCACAGACCCACCCAGCCAGACUCCACCCACCGACCCUGAGGCUUCACCCGAGUCCAGUCAGCGCGAGGAAGAGACCAGCCAGCAGCCAAUCAGCAACGAGCCUGAGGACACAGACUAG